AGAACAUGGGAAUAUUCUCUAGUUGUUGCCUUUAUAGACAAAAAGAUCAUGUAGACCUCAGAGAAAGAUAUCGAGAACAAAUAAAAGAGUCAGAGGAAGAAAAAUUUGAUAGCUUUCUGAGACAAAAUAAAUUUUCUGAGCAUUCUCAUUGUAGUAGCCAAGAAAGAACCUUUGAUGAAGAUGACUCUAAGAUUCAAUGGGAAUUUAAAGAUGAUAGUUCUGAUGACUAAGAUUAUGAAAUUAAGUUGAAGGACAUGGAUCAUAAAGAAAGGGAAUUUGAGAGCACUGUAGGUACACAAGAAGAAUGAAGAUUUUUGAAAGAAGCAAAGGAAGAAUAUGAGAAUAAAGGUAUAAUAAACGAGGGAUCUGAUUGAUUCAUCAAUGCUUCACUUUAGGCUCUGCUUUCAAUUCCUGAAUUUGUAAAAUAUUUUUGUGGCAAUAAUGUCAAUAUUAUUCGAGAUAAUUUGGAAUUAAGCACUUAUUUUGAUGAAGUUGAAAGAAAUGACAAAAGAUACUCAUCAAGAUUAAGACAGUUUAUGCUUGAAUAUUUCUCUCACCAACCAGGGCCUGUAAAUAAUGAAAGAUUCAGAGCACUGUUUGAUGGAGAGUAUCCUUCUUGAGAGCAGAAUGAAUCUUUGCAAUUUCUUAUGCGUUUGUUUGAAUUACUUCAAUCUUAGAAUGAUCCCAAAUGGCAAAAAUUUUGAUCUUCUGAUUACAAUGAUGAUAAGGAGGCCUGAGAAGGGUAUAAAAACAAUAACACUUCCAUCGUUGAUGAGUUGUUCGUAGGAAUUUAUAAAACAACCUCUGAGUGUAAAGUUUGAAAGACAGGAGUUGAAGCAUACAAAGAAUUUAAGAGCUAUCCAUUAGAAUGCUAUUCUAAGAAAGGAAAGAAAAAUUUCCACCAUUUCUUCGAAGAACUUGGAGCUGAACACUUUCAGAUGAUGUGUAAAGUCUGAAAUGAAGUAAAAGAUUGCAAAACUGCCAAGAAAAUCAUUAGAUAUCCCAAAUACCUCAUUCUUACCUUCCAGAGAUUAGAUACUUCUAUGAAUAAAAACAUUACUGCUAUGAUGGAUUUCCCUGCAAAAUUCACGGUUGAAUCCCCAGAUAACAACCACAUCACCUUCUCUCUUCACAGCUAUAUCCUUCACUCUGGAACCCUCAAUUCCAGCCACUACACAGCCAUGUGCAAAAGAGGGUCCUCCUGGUUCCACUUCAACGACUGCCAAGUCACAAAAAUCUCAAAGGAGGAAGUUCAUAAUCCCAAUGCAUACAUUCUGUUCUACAAGCAAGAAGAAUAACAGAGAGUUCAUGAUUCCAAUUCUUGAUUUCAAC